GCCAUUUCGGUCCUUCCAUUAUAAAACUGUGACAUGCGAUUGGUCCAUGUAAUCUUAUCGCCGAUAUACCAUUUGGGUUCCUGAUCCAUUGCCCGGGUACGGGCUUACCUUACGUCACUGGCGGGGAAUCUCAACUUAAUAUCUGAAAGUAAACGACCCCUCGUGAAUAACACGCGUUCUUAAACACGUGCAAUUUCAUUGCAUGUUUUCCACCCUCAAAUAACCAUCAAAACCAUCUCACGAUGGAUAGCCAAGCGCAAAACCCCCUUCUAUCUCCGCCCGAGCUCUCGCCGCUGGAGCAAGAGGUUCUCGAGGAAUACGAGCGGCUGGCGGAGAACAUGAAGAAGCUCGCCGGUGUCCUUGAUACGAUGGCCGGACAGCCGACGACCGAGAUCCUCGACGGCCUGCGCGAGCUCGAGCGCAAGACGAGUUUAGUGUUCACGCUGCUCAAGGCCAGUGUCUAUAGCAUUGUGCUGCAACAAGAAAUCGAUUGGGGUGACCAAGCUAGAGGUUGAGCUAGCGUCGGACAAUAACAGAGGAAAGACGAAUAUGCGAUACAUGCUUUCCAUCUUCUGAUUCGCGGCAUACCUAGUAGCUAGGGCAUCACGCUGUCGAAUCAUAGGUAUCGCAUCGCAUGGAGAUAUGAGAGAUCUCUAAAUAUGUAGGAGACACUACGAGAAGAGGCAUUACCUAAGUCAACCUUACGGUAAUAAGGCCUCGUCAGCAUACAAGGGAUAUUAUGCCCGGAUCCCGACUACGACAAUUAUACAUUGGAGAAGAUGCGCCUAGACAAUGAAUGAGCGCUAGGCGGGGGCAGGCGAGGUUACGUAGCACAUCGCGCAAGAUACCCGAAUCAAUAAACCACAUGCACACAAUGUUCCGGACAC